AUCCAAUUAUUCCAGCUAUUCAUUCAUUCAAGCACACGAGUCAAACUAAAGAGUUAAAAGUUGUGCGGUUUCAACUGUGUAAUUUCUAUUAUAGAAUAUUUAUACUUCUAAAACGAAUAAUAGUAUUAAUAAACAAUGACAGACGUUGCGAAGAAGGUCCAAGACUAUAAAGAUUCACUCAAACAAAAGGCAGAACACCUAAUUAUAAAAGGAUUUCCAGAAAAGAUAGUAAAGUUGAAUGAACUUCUAGAAACGUCAAAUUUUCAAAAUCGAGAUCUCUCCGAUGUUCAUCAGGACUUAAACAUUCCAGUGCCUCCUCCAGCCCAAUCAGUGAAUGAGCCAAAUGCUAAAAGGCAGCGUAUAGACUCAUCUGAGGUAUCAAGUAAUUCAACUAUUGAAGGCACUAGGGUGUAUGCACUGCCUAAUGGAACAGUACCAUGUAAUAAGCCUCUUAGUGAUCUAAUACAUCUUGUCAAACCUCAUAUUAGAGAACUGGUUGAGGACUCAAACUUACUUAAAAUGUGGAUUUCAUUCAUGAUUCCAAAGAUAGAGGAUGGUAAUAACUUUGGUGUGUCAAUACAAGAGGAUACUCUUGCUGAGAUACAAUCUGUGGAAUCUGAAGCUGCAGCAUUCUUUGACCAAAUUUCACGGUACUUCAUUUCACGGGCGAAGAUAGUAUCUAAGGUUGCCAAAUAUCCACAUAUUGAUGAUUACAGAAGAGCUGUUAGAGAACUAGAUGAGAAGGAGUAUUUGUCUCUUUGGCUUGUUAUGUGUGAGAUUCGCAACCGCUAUUGCUCUUUACAUGACAUUGUCAUUAAGAAUCUAGAAAAAAUUAAAAAGCCACGCUCGUCUAAUGCAGAAUCAUUAUACUAGGUCCUAACUUUAAUCUCAACUAGUAAUCUUAGGUGCAAGGAUACCUUGCGAAUUUUAAGGGUAACUACCGAAAAUCUAUCUGGUUUUUUAUUCACUAGAUUAUUCUGUAUAUAUUUAAUGGACAGUAUUUAAUAACAUAGGUGACUAGGUGCAAAAUAAUGUGCUAUAUCCAUGUACUAAAAUAACUCAAUAUUUUGCUAACUUUUUCUAAUGUUAGCAAUUUAUUACGAUCAAAGCAAAAAUAUAAUUCUCGAAAUUACUAGUGAGUAAAAAAUAGAUAUUUGUCAAAUUGUGGUCUUGUAGCAAGAAUACUUUGUAUUAAACGAUGAGACUGAAUUAACACAUUUUUAGUAUUUCCUAUAUGAGUUGAUAUAGACAAAUAGGAGUCAUAAUCACUUAAAUAAUUAUUAUUUUAUAUGGAUGAAUUUAUUAUAACUUAAUUGGUAAAGUGAAAAAGUUAUUAUUAAUUUAUUUCUAAUAAUGAAUAUUAAAUGUUCAAAUUUAAUAAAAACAAUGAUAUGAUCUGACUCUUUAAUAAUUUUAAAUUAUUAAAUGUUGUUUAAAUAAAAAAAUGAUAAGUGUUCUACUUAAAGUUAAACCCAUACAUUAUUUUGUAAUAAGUAAAAUAAGAAUAAUGUAUGGAGCGUGAAAAUUAUGCAUGAAUUUUUUAAUAGUAUCUUGCUACAAAACUUCAACAUGAUUUCUUGUUCUACCAUCGAGUGAUCCCAAAUUUUAUUCUUUAUGAGACAUUAGUUUAAGUGCAUAAUAUUGUAUUUACACUAUUAAAAUAAUCCAUUUAAACUGAUAAGCUAAUUUUAAUUUAUUGUACCUCUGUUUUGUUUAGGAUUUCCUCUUGAUAAAUUUGUAAUUUCAUAACCUACCAUCUAUCAUCAUCAACAGUUUUGCAAAAAUUCGAUGAUUGGCUAAAACAGAUUGUUAAGUAAAAUUAUAAUCAACUCAAUAAAAUACGUUUCUAUGUAUA